CCAUGGAAAAAAAUCAAUCAACCCUCUCCAGACCCCUUCGGCACUUUCCACCGAGAAACCACUGUACUCAAAGAGUAAUAGAAAAACGAAAUGGCAUGUGCGAGUGGCAGUAGCACCAGUUUACUAAUAUUGUUGAACCAGUCUAGGCUCGGUCCUCAAAGCCAAAAGGGUCAACAACGUAUCGACUCAUCUAUAUCUUUUGGUGCUUCUCUUCCUUUUUCAAGUGCAAGAAGAAGAACAAAGGUGGGCUUGAGGCGUAUGGCAAAACCAAUAGUAAAAGCAGAGACCUUGACUAUUGAGAAGUCUGGAAUUAAGGUUGUUAGGAAUCCUCCGGAGUCCAAACUUACUGAACUUGGUGUCCGCAAGUGGCCCAAGUGGGGUUGUCCUCCCAGCAAAUUUCCAUGGACAUAUUCUGCCAAAGAGACAUGCUAUCUUCUGGAAGGCAAAGUAAAGGUGUAUCCUGAUGGGGCAGAAGAGCCUGUUGAGAUUACUGCCGGUGACUUGGUUGAGUUCCCAAAAGGAAUGAGCUGCACUUGGGAUGUUGCAGUUGGUGUAGACAAGCACUAUAACUUUGAGUAAUAAUCUCUUCAAGUCUGUGUAGCUUAGUUCAGUUUGUGGCUCCUCCUUCUCCAAUAAAUAUAUUGUAAACUACAUAAUUUUUGCCAACGAGCCAUAGCUCAACUGGUAUUAUUUCCCCCUUCUCAUAAAAUGUCUCAAGUACAAACCUCUAUAUAUAAUAAUAAUAAUUUCAAAAUAAAUUAAAAGUUA